AUGAAACCUGACGGGUCUCUGGACGCUCCCUUCACUCUGGAUGACGAUCCGCCUAGUUAUGUACCUGCGCCUACAGUGCGACGGCGCCAUCGCCAAACGCUUGACCAAGAUGGGCUUGAGGAGAUCUCCGACGCGCAGCAAGCUGCAGCUGCAUGGAAGGAAGUCGCCGCACGGAGACAAACGAAACAAAGACACGGGAAAAACAUGAGCAAUGAUACGUCUGGAGGAGAUAGUAGUACGAAGGACAGCAAUCUCACAAACAAACCGCGAGACCGGACGUCGUCAUCCACGAAGUCUGUUGAGAUUGUUGAUCUUUCAAUCGAUGAAGACGAACCGCCAGUAUCCGGACAAGCAACACAAUCAGGCGCAAGUACUAGACCUACGUACCGUGCGACGUCGGCCCUCGGAGCCUCAACCGACCGUACCGCACCCGACUUGGACCAUGCCGUGGAUCCAUCGGCUCAGCCAACCAGUAACGUCUCCGAGACUCCACCUGAACAAGCCUCUUCAAGUCGCGGAGAUACAAUUCCGGAGUCGGACGACGCAACACCGGAUGAUGAUAGCGGCAGCAUGACUAUCCCUUUGCCUAAUAAGUCGCCCGAGCCAAGCCUUUCAGCAAUACAAAGACUGCCGCAGAAACAGAAAGCCAUCAAGUCAGUAAGACGAAGAGAUGAUGGGUUCUCGGGUUCACAGCUGCCUGUCAGACCACCGCGUCAGUCUGCGACUGAUCAUCGGGACGUAACAAACUUAUCCUUCAAGCCUCUCGACCUGGGCUCGAAUACUAGUAUCAUUGCUGAUAGCGCGCCUGCGCAGACGGAGGAAGAAUCCGUCAGGGCUGCCAGUCCUGUGGAACGCAGCACAACGCCGACACAAUCGCCGCCACCGCCACCUCACGAUGAGGCUGGCGAACCUGCACCGGGGCGUGCCAUUAGCUCGACACCUUUACUGUCCCGUUCUGCCACCCCUACUGCCCUGCGUCCUGUCGAAGCAUCAGCAGAGCCGAUCCGGCCCUCUGAGGCGCCAUUGCCAGUUCCCGAAAUUAUGAUUCCAGACGUACCAGCUCCGGCAACAAUCGUCAGUACUCAUCCAACCAUCCAACCCGAACACCUUCGGGUGCCUGUCGAGAACGAUGGUGGUAGGACAAGCAAGAAGCUCUCACUGCAAGCGGAUGUGCUCGUCACUACACGCUCAGCUGUAGAAGCGUGUUUGAAACGUCAUGUGGCGGAACGACAUGAAUUACAUGCAUACCUGAUGGAGACGAAGAUGCGGAAUCAGAGAACAUUUCAAGAACAAGACCUACGCGCCCGGUCCCGUAAGCAGAAGCGUCCACAACAGCCCAUCCUACCCGAAAAGUACAUCCAGAAGACUUCCCCCUUUGAGAACAUGCGUGCUAUACAAGUGCCGUUCGACAGAGCCAACGCCAAGCGCCUCGUGGAUAUGAGUCAGGAGACAUUCAUCAAAGCCAAACCCAAGGACACAGUGGUCAAGUCAGGCUUAGCCGUGCCCACUACAAAGUACAAGAGUGAUGCGCCAAAGAUUCCUCCUUUCAAAGAGUAUGUCAGUCUGAGGAACAACGUUCUUAAAGACAAUGAGUCAAAAUUACUCGCAACACCCUAUUUCCAGGACGAAGACUACCGUGGUCGCGAGGUUCUGCUGGACACGCUUCCUUAUAUGUACGAGAUGACGCAUGACGAGAAGGGGCCGCUAGACUUCCGCAAGGAACAGUGCCGGUUCUAUGAUAAAGCCAUCGAAGCAUUCUUGUCUGAGAUAGGCAUCACGUGGAACGAUAUCCUGUUUUGGUUACUGGCCCAGGAUGAAGACCUUGUACGAAUCAACGACUCUUUGAAUGGAAGCAAGCAGUUUGAAGCACAGCUCCUCGAAAGAUCACGAUAUCACAUUGAGGAGUUUGAGAGAGACGGUGAGCCGAAGAAGGCUAUUCUGUUUGACCGGAAAAACAAAAAGUGGGAAGAGUUCGUCGCACAGCUUGAAGAGCCGAUCCCGAGUGCUCUGAGACUUGCGGCAACAGCUUCUGCAGCGGUAUUCAAAGAAUGUGAUUUCAGCAUCUGGUACCUGGCUCAAGAGUCCAAAGCUGUACAGAGUCUCAUACGGAAGAAGUCUGCACAUGAGCAGUCUUCCAAGCACUCAACGUACAAAAAGAUCAUGUGCAGAGUAUGCCAUCAACACGAUUGCCUUCUUCAUGGCGAGAUCAGACAAGUACCUGAGGAUUCCUGGAAGACGGACUCGGAAGACGAAGAACGCGCUACACAGGCGACUGAUGUUACCAGUCGUCGAGGCUCCAACAACAAAACUUCGCGCCGUGUGUCGAACUUUAGCAGAGACGACACCGACGAUGAGAACGAACCCGGCGACCCCUUGCCCGCACAUUUCGACUCCGACUCCGACAUUGAGAAGGUCAUAAACUAUAAGCUCCCUGCAAACCCAAGCGCUUUCGAGUAUUGUUCAGAGACGGAGAUGAUUACUCCCAAAGGUGCGAAACCGCCACCUGUCCAACGCACCUGCUGUAAUGUUGCGAUACAGCGGGGUGUUCCUCGGAAAACAUUGCUCGGCCAUUCGGAAGUGCAUGGCUUUGGACUCUAUAUGGGCGAGGACAUCAAGAGUGGCGAGUAUAUUGGUGAAUAUACUGGCGAGGCCAUCUCGGUUAAGGAAGGCGAUCGCCGAGUCACGAUAUACGACUACCAGAAGACGAUGUAUCUGUUUCGUCUAAACUCGAAGCAAGAAGUUGAUGCGACAUACAUGGGUAAUAAACUACGCUUCAUCAACAAUGCCGACGACAAGUACACGAACUGCGGCCCCAAGAACUUGCUCUGCAACACAGUCUUUCGCAUCGCGCUCUUCGCCACCAGAGACAUCAAGGCAGGCACCGAACUGUUCUUCAACUACAACUAUCCCAAGGAGAAAACAGAGCAAUUCAAACAGCCGAAUGCCAAGAUCGUCGCGGUCAAACAGACCAAGCAAAAGACGAAGAAAAGGGAGUCACUCACCAGUCUGAGCCAGCCUAUCGAGGAUCGCUCACGUAUCCUUGCCGCCACAGCAAAAGCCAGAGAGGCAAAAGCCGCGAAGCGGAAAGAGGCCAUGCUGCAAGAGGGCGGCGUGGAGCCAGCCACACGAAGGCGCUCUGGAACACUUCAAGCACGAAAGGCAGCUACGAGCAAACCCGGACGCAAGGCAGUGCGAAAGUCCAAGCGCGGAGGGCUCAAUAGGAACGAGUCCACAGGUUCAGAUACGGGCAUGGAUGUAGAGGCAAGCGACCCCGAAAUCCCCGAAAUCCCCCCUGUCAUUGAGUCGCAGAGCACUCAGACUAGUCUGUACGUCCAGGACACGGAGGCGGAAGACGAUGAGUUCAUCUUGCCAGAUACCCAAGAAGACGAAGAGCAAGAUGUGGCUGAGCCGGCCUCCGAGGAUGAUGAACCGCCCGGUCGAUCUACGAGGUCUCGUCGUGGGCCGGGUCGACCGCGUAGGAGGGCGUCGGAUGUGGCGCCGGUGGUUGCGGUCAAGCAGGCGGUUAAGCAGGCGGUUAAGCAGGCGGCCAAACAGAAGAAGUCGAAGAUGGGUGGUGCACGACCAGGUGCUGGCAGGAAGAGAAAACGACCCAUUAUUGCUAACAGCGAUGAUGAGUGA